UAAAGUUCUUGUUGUCAAGGAAAGCCAAAAUGGCGGCAAAACAACGUUUCCGAAGACAUUUCACAUCGUGUAAACUACGACGUUAAAAGAAUUAAAAACGUUUACACCCUUUGAAGUAUUAAGAAUGCGUGGCAAGAAACCAAAACGACCAGCAACACCACCCUCAGAGGAUGAAAGAGAACAUAAUUUUGUCGCAGAUCCAGAUCAAAUUUUCGACGAAUUGCCUCAACCAUUUCGACUUGUUGACAAGACUUUGAGACACAUUUUUGAUGAUGCCUGGGAAAUUAUUGAAGGCAUUGAAGAACGGAAAGCUUUGAAGCGCUCCAAGGCUGUAUUACCGUUGUUUGAUCUUGGAAAGCAGCUGUCUGAGUACAACAAAACUGCUUGUGUUUGUACGGUUGCUGAUGGGAGCUACCUGUUUCUGUGUUACAGUAAUGGACUUGCAGUGAUAGACAGUUUGUUGGGUACGACCGUUGCUUCGUUUGAAGAUCCAGGGAAUAGCAUAGUAAAAAUCUCAGCUUGUUUUCUUCAGGAAGGGUUUUAUCUUAUUUCUACCCUGGAUAAUGAAGGUUUUGCUAAGUUAUUCUGUUUCACUGGGGAUAAAGUUCUGGUUAUAAGAACAUUUAAUGAACAGGAAGGAAUGAACAAGCAGACUGUUGCAAAACUUGUUGAAAUAAGUCAGGAUGGUGGAUAUGUUGGAGUUGGAUGGGAAGGUAAAUAUGGCAUUAAUCUUAAAGAACACAGCAACAUGAAGGAUUAGGAAAACUUCUGUCACAGACAGCAACAAUCAUUCUCAUUGUGACGAGCCUCUCAAAUUAACUAAUCACUGAUUGAAGUAAACCAUUUGACCUGAGGACCAAACAGCUAUCACUUGUCUGCAAGACUCAUUUGACCAAGUUACUUGUGAUCAGGCAUUUUUUGGUUUUUCCUUCCCCUGAACACCUGAUUACAGGUUGAUAACCAAGCAGCAGUGACAGAAAAGUAAAAGAUCUCUGCUGAGCUACAUGUACUAGCAACUUGUUGAUAGACAAUUUGUAUAUGUACACAGUAGGCUAAAAUUAAAUAUUGUUGACUUUUCAAAA